AGUUACCGACAUAAAAAUGUUUGCUCUUCUACCUAGGAGUUUUCCACUUCGGUUUGGCAUUGGUUUGGCCUUUGGGGGAAUGAAAUUGAACAGCAAAAUGCCGAAAACAAGAUUCACUUUCAAAACCCUUUCUUCAUCAUCAACAACUGAAGUUCCUUCUUCAGACCAAAACCCAAAACCAGGUUCUGAAUUAACUGAUAGUGUUUCUGUGCCAGAAGUUCAAGUUUUUACGCGGAAAAAAAGGGUUAAAAGGACUGUCGAUGUUGUAAAACAGAGCCCCAAAGCAGAAAAUAAAGACAAUAAUCUGUGUGGCUUACCUGACAUAGAGGAAUUUGCGUACAAAAAGAUAGAUGGAACUGCUCUGUCCAGGAAGUCAAAGUCCACAUCUGAUGAGCUUAAUGUCGGUGCAGAUAUUGCUUCCUCAGUUGGAGUGGAAGGCAAAGCACCUGCCAACUGGGAAAAAGUGCUUGAAGGAAUCCGUAAAAUGAGGUCUUCAGACGAUGCACCUGUAGACACUAUGGGAUGUGAGAAAGCUGGCAGUGUUCUUCCUCCUAAGGAAAGAAGGUUUGCUGUCUUGAUAUCUUCACUACUAUCUAGCCAAACCAAAGAUCAUGUUACUCAUGGGGCAAUUCAACGUCUCAUUCAUAAUUGUCUUCUGACUCCCAAUGCCAUUGACAAAGCUGAUGAAGCAACUAUUAAGGACUUGAUCUACCCGGUUGGGUUUUAUACAAGGAAAGCUAGUAAUAUGAAGAAAAUUGCGAAAAUCUGUCUCAUGAAGUAUGAUGGAGACAUUCCAAGCUCAUUGGAGGAAUUACUCUUGCUUCCAGGGAUAGGCCCUAAGAUGGCUCAUUUGGUUAUGAAUAUUGCAUGGAAUGACGUUCAAGGGAUAUGUGUAGACACUCAUGUGCACCGCAUUUCCAAUCGGCUUGGAUGGGUGUCCCGACCAGGGACAAAACAGAAAACUUUAUAUCCGGAGGAAACAAGAGUGGCAUUGCAGCAGUGGCUUCCAAAGGAGGAAUGGGUCCCAAUUAACCCUCUUUUGGUGGGAUUUGGACAGACAAUUUGUACUCCACUCAAGCCACGGUGUGAAAUCUGCAGCAUAACUGAGUUUUGCCCAUCUGCAUUCAAAGAAACCUCAAGCCCAUCAUCCAAGGUAAAAAAAUCCGGUGUUCGCAAAAGGCUUUGAUGUAUUAGUUCUUGGAAAUGGAUAUUUGUUUCCUUUUCUUCAGUCUUCCAACUUUGCCUUUGUGUUUGCAAAGCAACCCAGGAUGGGGAAAAGAAUCACUCAAGAUUCUUCUAUCUAGUGCUGUGGAUAGGAUGUUUUUGCAAGUAUUGCUAGUCCUUUGUAUAUAUUGUUAAAGGGCUUAGAAGCAAUAUGCUUUUUGGGGCAAUUCAUGUGUGUAGUUCUUAAAACAAACCUAUAUUGUAACAUUGAUCCAGAAAAUUAUUGAUAUCCUCAAGGGUGGCAUUGCAA